AUGGAUUAUAUCAGGCUCCUUCUUCUAUUCAUCUCAAUAGCACUGACCAUUUCAAAAGACCGAACCAUCCGUCGUUUAGAAUAUGACUUUGAAGGCAAUAUAAGUUCAUUUGAAGGUGGUGGUGGGAUCAAAUUUCAAAUCGAAUUUACCCCAUUCAACAGAAGUUCAUCAAUGAUUCAAAUCGAAACCGAACAAUGGAUUCAUGAAAGAAUGUUGAACAUCGAUCGCCCACCUAAUCUUCGUAUCUAUUUCAAACGACUGAAACAUUAUUUCCCAAGAAUAAAUGCUCAUUUACGUUUGCAUACAUAUCCAUCGACGAUUGUUUUGAAUGACAGUGCAAAAUUAUUCACAAUUAAUUCAAUAUACGCACGAACACUUUCACUUGAACUAUCAGGCAACAGUGUCGCACAUGUAGCUGUACAAGUUGCUUCUAAACUUUAUGCUCGAGUUUCUGAUUCAGCACAAUUAUCAAUUCGUGGUGUUGUAGCCGGCACUGGUUUUAUUUCAGUUAGUGGUAAAGGAGAAGUUAAUGCCCAACGAUGUUUAAUGAACGAAGUGUUUGUGAAUGCAUCGAGUGCAAGUAAAAUCAAUGUGGCUGGUGCACAGAGAACUGGUUUCACUGCUUCCGGAUUUGGAAGAAUUCAUUAUGAACAAGUUAAUCCGAAAAAAUCUUUUUUUUAUUAUCCUUUUUCGAGUACUGCAUCGAAACAAUUGCAUACAUCAAUUCAAUUAUGUUUUCUAGUUAUUACUUUUCUAGUUUAA